CCCUUUUUCUCAUUCUUCUCUCUAUGGCACUGGGGAGUAAACAACGCACUUUCAAAGCAAUAAUUAUCACGGUGGAACAGAAGGACCGGUUUCAGUCUCAGAUUACAUUGACUUGAAACUGCCGGGAAAGGCACCUCUUCCUCUCUAUCCAUUGUGCUUGUGCCUAUUCUGACAGCUGAGAACUGUUCUUGCCAUCCGUGUCAAUAAAAAAGUACAUAAUUUUCCUGGAAAAAGAAGAAGAAAAGAAAAACUCUUUUACUGUCCUGCCUGUGGAUCUAUAAGUGAACUGAAGAAACUGAAAGCCUCGUCUGCUACUUCCCUUUAUCUUUGGGGGAAUUCUUGGACAAGUCCAGACAGUAGAAUCUUCAUGUCCGGUCCUUCCGGUGCUGCUCUCCGGGCAGCAGAAGAGGCCACGCCCCUGCAGUCGGUCCCCGGCUCCGGUCAACCGUCGAGCGGUAAAAAUGAAGCCCCCAAAAUCUGUCGCAACGACUACAGGAAGCUGGCCAUCGCCAGCAUCAUCUGCGGGCUCUCCUGUGUCGGCAUUAUUGCUUUGAUAAAUUCUGUCAAGGCACGCGAGAGGGCUUCGAGUGACCCCGAGAGCGCCCAGAUCUACGCUCACAGAGCCAGGCGGUGCAGCCUCAUCGCCUUUGCGGCGUGGUUCGGACUGCUGGUCCUCUUCCUGUGCCUGAUGGCGCUGGUGUCGUACCUCCUCACACUCAUAAACUGAUCACAGUGCGAGGAAACCUGCCUGUGGAUAACAUUAAUACUGACCUGCAUCUUUUAAAAAUCUUCCAGUGAACACUGUUUCUAUUCCAAGACUACAGGAGACUUAUUCAGACGCGGGCUGAGGCAGAGGGUUGAACAAACUCACUAUUCCAUCUGACUUUAUUUCAGCACACGUGUAGCCCAGUGAACUCAAAUAUACUUGUGUAACUACAGGACAGUGUACACGGCUGGCAACUUUGGUGCUUGUACAUUUUGCACCCCUUUUCGCUCCAGUUUGGAUGGGUUUUUUUUUGUCAGCACUCAUUGCAGCAUUCCCUUCAGGAGAGUGCAGACAAGCGUAAGCUCGCCUCGAAAGCAUGUGAUGUCACCCAGUCAGGCUCACACACACACACACACAAGCUGGAGGAUCACACAUGCAUACACACACAAGCUGGAGGAUCACACACACACACACACACACACAAGCUGGAGGGGUGGGGAUCACACACGUACACACACAUACACACACAAGCUGGAGGAUCUCACACCCUCGCACACACACACACACAAGCUAGAGAAUCACACAUGCACACGAGUUGAAGGCUCACACACACAAGCAGGCGGAUACAACUUCCUGGGCAGCUCAGCAGAUGGGAGAGCCUGAUCGAGGAGCAUGUGCGAGGAGGCACAGUCAUCCCCGGGCAAUGCUACAGCCCACUGAGUGUUGCACUAAAAGGCUGCUGGCCAGUCAGCACUGGAACAGUCUGGAUAUGAUUCCAGACCAUGGGGCCCGUCCAUGCACUAGAACAGUGCCUUAACCGAUACCAGACCAUGGGGCCCAUCCAUGCACUAGAACAGUGCCUUAACAGAUACCACACCAUGGGGCCCAUCCAUGCAAUAGAACAUUGCCUUAACAGAUACCAGAUUGUGGGGCCCAGCCACAAACUGGAACAGUCCCUUAACCGAUACCAGACCAUGGGGCCCGUCCAUGCACUAGAACAGUGCCUUAACAGAUAGCACACUGUGGGGCCCAUCUAUGCACUAGAACAGGGACUUAGCAGGAUAAACCAGCAACCACUGAUACUAGCCAGAUUGAAAUUCUCUUUAUAAGUAGCUGCAAACUUAAUUUUUCAUUCAAUAUGGAGAAAAACAAACCGCUUAAGUGGUCAUCUUGGCAAAGACAUUUGAACAAAUGACCAUAACAAGGUAAUUAAUAAAUAUGCUGUUUAAUGGAUACUUGUCAUUUACACAAGGUACUGAAAUGAUGAAAAUAUAUUGGUGUUUAAAAACAUAGUUACAAAGAUCGAAUUAAAAAGAAUACACAUCUAGUAUGCUACUAAAAUGUGCUAUCAAUGGUUGAUUUAGCAAAAAACUUAAAACAAGCACAUGGUUACAUUCUAUUUUGCCAUUAAGUUAUUUUAUAUUAUUUUUUAUAUUAUUUUUUUCAUGUUUUAAUGUUGUGCUUUUAAAGACUGUAUUGCAUUUUGUAAAGGUUUUUGUAAUAAAAUAACUAAAUAUCCAAGCUUG